AUGGCGGGCGUGGCGGGGCCCGGCACGGGCCAGGGGGCAGCGGGCGGAGAUGGAGAUGAUUCGCUCUACCCUAUCGCGGUAUUAAUCGACGAGCUCCGCAAUGAGGACGUGCAGCUCCGUCUCAAUAGUAUUAAGAAAUUAUCAACAAUUGCUCUAGCACUUGGAGUAGAAAGGACACGAACUGAACUGCUGCCUUUCCUUACAGAUACAAUUUACGAUGAAGAUGAGGUACUGUUAGCUCUUGCUGAGCAGCUGGGAAAUUUCACUGGCCUGGUGGGAGGUCCUGACUUUGCCCACUGUUUGUUGCCUCCUCUGGAAAGUCUGGCGACCGUGGAAGAGACUGUGGUUCGAGACAAGGCUGUGGAGUCCCUGAGGCAGAUCUCCCAGGAGCACACUCCUGUGGCUCUGGAGGCUCACUUUGUCCCUCUGGUGAAACGCCUAGCGAGUGGGGAUUGGUUUACCUCUCGCACAUCUGCAUGUGGUUUGUUCAGCGUUUGCUAUCCCAGGGCUUCACAUGCUGUCAAAGCAGAAAUUAGACAGCACUUCCGUUCCUUGUGCUCAGAUGACACACCAAUGGUACGACGUGCUGCUGCUUCCAAACUGGGUGAAUUUGCAAAAGUUUUGGAAUUAGACAGUGUGAAAAGUGAAAUUGUUCCAUUGUUCACUAAUCUAGCUUCUGAUGAACAGGAUUCAGUGCGCCUCCUAGCUGUGGAAGCUUGUGUCAGUAUUGCUCAGUUACUUUCUGAGGAUGACCUUGAGGCUUUGGUGAUGCCUACACUUCGACAAGCAGCAGAAGAUAAAUCUUGGCGAGUUCGCUAUAUGGUAGCUGACAAAUUUUCAGAGCUCCAGAAAGCUGUGGGUCCCAAAAUCACCCUAAAUGACCUCAUCCCCGCCUUUCAGAACCUACUCAAAGACUGUGAAGCUGAAGUCCGAGCAGCUGCUGCCCACAAAGUAAAAGAACUUUGUGAGAACUUGCCCAUGGAAGGUAGAGAGACCAUAAUUAUGAAUCAAAUUCUGCCCUAUAUAAAGGAAUUAGUAUCUGAUACAAAUCAACAUGUCAAGUCGGCUCUAGCUUCUGUAAUUAUGGGAUUGUCUACGAUUUUGGGCAAAGGGAAUACCAUUGAACAUCUUCUACCUCUUUUUUUAGCUCAGUUAAAGGAUGAGUGUCCUGAAGUUCGUUUGAACAUCAUCUCCAAUUUGGAUUGUGUAAAUGAAGUGAUUGGAAUCCGGCAGCUCUCUCAAUCACUCCUUCCUGCCAUAGUGGAACUGGCUGAAGAUGCCAAAUGGAGGGUCCGGCUGGCCAUCAUUGAGUAUAUGCCACUGCUGGCAGGCCAGCUGGGUGUGGAAUUCUUUGAUGAGAAGCUGAAUUCUUUAUGUAUGGCCUGGCUUGUGGACCAUGUGCAUGCCAUCCGUGAGGCGGCCACCCACAACCUCAUGAAACUAGUUCAGAAGUUUGGUAAAGAGUGGGCCCAAAAUACCAUCGUUCCCAAAGUGUUAGUAAUGGCAAAUGAUCCUAACUACCUGCACAGAAUGACCACUCUAUUCUGCAUCAAUGCGCUAUCUGAAGCCUGUGGUCAGGAAAUAACCACUAAGCAGAUGCUGCCUGUUGUAUUGAAAAUGGCAAGAGACCAAGUAGCAAACGUCCGAUUCAAUGUGGCCAAAUCGCUACAGAAAAUUGGACCAAUUCUAGAUACUGAUGCUUUGCAGGAGGAAGUUAAGCCGGUACUACAGAAGCUAGGCCAAGAUGAAGACGUGGAUGUCAAGUACUUUGCACAGGAAGCUAUAAGUGUGCUUGCAUUGGCAUAACGAAGAACAGGAGGGGAAAGACUUUACUAAAUUCUUAUCACAGAUUUCUAGUCCAUGUGUUCUUGAACUGGGUGGAGAGAAAAAAUGGAAAACCUUCAAGACCUCAUCUGAGCAAAUGGCAACAACUAACAAGAAAUCAAAUUGCAGUGACUCGAUUCUUUCUAAAGAUUGUUUUUUACUUGUCUUCCUUGUUGGGAUAAUUGUAUUUUAACUGUCCUUAUUGUUUGUGGCCAGUUCCUGACACUUGCACAGUCAUUUCUUGGUUGUCUCCUAAUGAUUUAUUUAGAACCAUCUGAUCUCCCGCAUCCUCAUUGUUUAAUCAGGCCCCGGCCACUUAAUAUUCCACCAAGCCUGGACAGGUUUGGACCCAGAUGUGGAACAGAGUGAUUCUUUUGAUGUUUAUAUGUAUCUGUGUGUCUCCAUCAUUCCAAAGUUAAAUAUACAUGGUUUAGAAUAACUUAUUUGAUAAGCACUCCACUUGGGAGACACAUUGAGAUUUAACUGUAGUGAGAGCCAUGUUUUCCUGGAUAAUGAUGGUCUGCCUCAGUGCCUCACCUGAAAGGGGAAUGUGGAAGCUCAGGGUUCAUGUAUUGGUUGUUUUGGUUUUUCUUUGCUCGAUUUUGACUGUAAUCAUGUCAUUCAGAAACCUGAAGUGCAGAUGCAUCUUGCUGCUAAUGUGUCAUGUUGAAACCUAACUCAUUUUCCACAGCUCCCCACUGUGACUGCAUUCAAAAAUACUCUUCUUUCUCCCCGCUGAGAAACUUAAAAUUUAGUGCCUCCUAAUAAGCAGUGGUUCCACUGUUUGUAAGAUUGCAGUUGUAUUUCUAAUGAGUAAAGGAACCACUGGUAUAAUCCACUGUGAGGAUUUCCUGCUCUUUACCUGGUUCUCCUUCUGGCUGUGUGAACAUUUGGUCCUUGCUACAUUGCACAGUAGUAGCUUUCCAAACUGAAGUUUCAUUACUAAUUUUUUGGUAUAGGUGAUGCUGGAAUCUUAUCAUUUGAAAUGUUUGUUUUUCUACUUUUACAGUAGAACCUCAUUAGUUCCUCCUGGAAUUGAAGAUAAUGAGUUAAGCUGAAGGGUUUGCUGAAGCAAAUUAAUAGUACGUGAGGAAGCCUGUUGGGUCUGAACUACUUAAACAAUUUUAAUGCUCCUUAAAAAGCACCCUUCUACCACUUCAUAUGCUAGUUACUAAUCACUCUUUUCAAUUAUAUUAAAAUACCUUCCGUGAGGAUCUUUGUGAGGCCACACAUUUAUUUAGAUGCAUUCAAUUUACUCUUUAUCUCUGAUAUGUAUACAUAUGUAUUUAAUGGAUAAUUUAAA